AUGGCUUCUCGCUUCUUUCCUUCGCGUAGAACAGGUCUAGCACUCGCUGCAGGAUGCUUGUUCUUCUCUGCUUUGGCUGCGGCUAAUGUUGGCCCCGGGCAGCUCUCCGUGAGCCAGAUCGAGGAACAGUUGCAGAGCUGUCCCCUGGUCGAGUCUCUCAAUGAGCACAAGCGCGCCACUCAGCCAGAAACCACCAGCUUUACUGCGAAGAUCUUCGCCGUCCUCUUCCCCAGCAGUCCCGCCAUCAAUGCUCUUCUGGCAACAUUGUACAUUUCCGGUCCUCCAAACUUCCUACUCGCAUUAUGCCCACCCAACAUCGACCCAUCCUCGCUCUCAGUAAUGGUCGCCUUCGCCGUCGGCGGCUUGCUAGGUGACACCCUCUUCCACCUCCUCCCGGAGAUCUUCGUCGGCGAAGACUCCCCAGACAGCGUGAGCUUCGUAAUGGUCGAGCCGAACAAGAACCUCCUCCUCGGCCUCGGCAUCAUGGUCGGAUUCUUCACAUUUGUCGCAAUGGACAAGAUCCUGCGCAUCGCCACAGGCGGCGAGGGCGGCCAUGACCACUCCCACGGCCAUGCGCACACAGAGUCAAUUUCCGCCGUCACUUCCGGCGCCGAGACCAAGAAAUCUGGCGAGCUCAAGCAGCGCAAGUCCGAUGCCAAGGAGUCUGUGUCUGUUGUUGUCCCGGAGAAAGAAAUUAACCCCAGCGUCAAGCUCGGCGGCUACCUUAAUCUCAUUGCGGACUUUACGCAUAACAUUACCGAUGGACUUGCGCUUUCUUCUUCGUUCUAUGCCUCGCCUACCAUCGGUGCGACAACUACUGUGGCGGUCUUCUUCCAUGAAAUCCCCCAUGAGGUCGGUGACUUCGCUCUGCUUAUUCAGUCUGGCUUCUCGAAGCGCAAGGCCAUGGGUGCGCAGUUUGUUACUGCCAUUGGAGCGUUCCUGGGUACUCUUAUUGGUAUUGCGGUUCAGGAGCUCGGUGGUAAUGGAACUAUGUUGGAUGACACCGAGCCCGCCGGAAUCAUGGGAACGAGCCUCACUUGGGGCGAUAUGCUUCUGCCAUUCACAGCAGGCACUUUCUUGUAUGUUGGUACUGUGGCAGUUAUUCCUGAGUUGCUGGAGACUGGCAAGGAUAAGGGUGUUGAGAUCCGUAAGACCAUUACGCAGUUUUUGGCUGUUGCUCUUGGCGCAGGAAUUAUGCUUGCCCAUGCGGACGACAGACAAUUGCGCCUGGAACAACCCCGCAUCUACCAAGAUUCAGUUCUGAUCUCCAGGGCUGGAACGGAUAAAUAG